AUGUCAAAUUCAAAUCAGAAUAUUGCUGAUGAUCUGGAUAACUUCGAUGAUAUCUUUCAUGAUUAUGGUGAUGAUGCAGAUGAAAAAGAUGAUGCGGAAAUUGAUUUCCUAGCAUACUUGACUGAUCCAAGCAAAAACACGGACAAUGUCGAUAAUCCAACCGAAGAGAUCGAUAUUCGAUUUGAUACCAGUACAGAACAACAUCUAUCGCAAAGAUUAAGUCAAAUGGCAGCAUCCACCAGUGAACAAGACACAGGAAGAAAACGUCCAGCAUUAACGCCAACGUCGCCAGUUUCAUUGAUGAAAAAAUUAAAGAGUGAUAUCACUGAUCCACUAUCGUCAGAAGAAAUGCCAGAUUAUCUACUGAAUGAUAGUCGAACGUUUGAACAGUACAUGGGCGAGUCACCGUCGAUUGAAGAUCUACGACAGAUUGCAUAUUUCGAACAUAGAUCAGCACUGAUUGAAUUGCAUCUUCUAUUUUGGACAACUCAUCUCAAUUCGGGUACUGGCCAAUUGUUGAUUACGGAAUCAGCUGCAUGGCAAAUUUCGAAAUCGUCUACUCGUCGAAUCGAACGAGCUCGAUUUCAUUAUUGGUCGGAUAAACUAAAAGCAAUCAUACUUGCUGAUGAUCAAGUCAAGGUUCCAAACAAUCAUGUCACCUACGAUAUGUGUUUCAAUUAUGUCACAGAGAAAAUUCGUCAGCUACGAGUACAACUGACAAAAUAUAGAACCGAACUGAAGCAACGAAAAGAACAACUCAAUACUUAUUUUACAGCAGCCAUCGAUGAAAAGAUCAAAUCGUUCGUUGAAGAAUAUGGUAUGACAUUACGUCGAAUCCUGAUUGAAAGUAAAAUUGUUGUUAUCAAAUGUGAUUACUAUGAUCGACUGUUCAAAUCGAAUUUUGAAUAUGAAGGUGCCUAUGCUCAUCAAUUGAAACUAUUCGAGAAAAUAUGCCAAAGUAAAUUGAACAAAGAAACAGCUCGAAUGGAAGUGGAUUUAUUGAAGCAACGUAUUGUUCACCAACACUAUUCGGAUUUAUUUCUUACCUUUCGCAUACCAGAACCACCAGCUUUACUCACAGUACAAGAUCGAGAUGUUCGACUACGUCUACAGUAUCGUUAUAAUGAACUUCUGCAACGAACGAAAUCGGAUAUGCUUACAAUCUAUAUUCGUACAGCUGAAGCCAAACUAGAAGAAUACACGACCAUUUACAAUGAAGAAUGUGCACAAUUGCGAGGAGAAUUCUCUGCUACACAGAAUGAAGUCAAGGAAGAUCGUUUUAGAAAUAUUGAUGAACGCCUGAAGAAACUCUACGAUCUUAAAAUUCGUUUUUUCGUCGAAGCUCCGACAGCCAAAAUAAAUCUUAUUUGA